AUGAUAGUAAGCUUUUUCGACCAAUUUGCAAGCCCAUCAUAUCUAGGAAUUCCUAAUAUCGCUGUCGCAAUCGCACUACCCUGAGUACUUUACCCAACCCCACCAGCUCGAUGAAUUAAUAACCGGCUCAUCACGAUCCAAGGAUGAUUUAUCAACCGAUUUACUAACCAACUAAUACUACCACUAAAUGUAGGAGGACAUAAAUGAGCACUACUACUAGCCUCAUUAAUAAUUUUCCUAAUUACAAUUAAUAUGCUUGGCUUACUACCGUAUACCUUCACACCCACAACACAACUAUCACUCAAUAUGGGAUUUGCCGUGCCUCUAUGACUCGCUACUGUAAUUAUUGGGAUACGAAAUCAACCAACAAUUGCCCUAGGACACCUACUACCAGAAGGAACACCCAUUCCACUGAUCCCCGUACUAAUUAUCAUCGAAACAAUUAGCUUACUUAUCCGCCCACUAGCCCUGGGAGUCCGACUAACAGCCAAUCUAACCGCAGGUCACCUGUUAAUCCAACUCAUCGCCACAGCUGUAUUUGUUCUCCUACCAAUAAUACCAACAGUAGCAAUCCUAACCGCUGCCGUACUCUUCCUCCUCACAUUACUAGAAGUUGCAGUCGCAAUAAUCCAAGCUUAUGUAUUUGUACUUCUUCUAAGCCUAUAUCUACAAGAAAACGUUUAA